CUGGACUUUUUUCCAUGUUCCAAUCUCCAACCCAAUCAAGGGAAGGUUCUACAUACAUAUACACACAUUUAUAUAAUCAGAGCUAGUGUGUACGUUUUCACAUACACCUUAUCGGCAAAACCAGGAAACCAACCCAGUUAUUCUCUCUCUGUUCAUAGGUUGGUGAUCUAGGGGGAGGGGGUGAAGUGGGUCGGACCAGCCAUGGACUGGGAAUGGUUGGUGGAGUUCUUGAAGGGCAUGUUGAAGCCAAUUGCUGCUCUUGCAGUUGUGCUUAUGGCUGUGAUAUUGUCUUAUACGCAGAGGUUGGGGUUAGGGGGUGAAAUGGUUUACUCAAUCUUCAGAGCUUUUCUUCAGCUCUCUGUUAUUGGGUUUGUUCUUCAGUUCAUUUUCAACCAGAAGAACAGUGUCUGGAUCGUUCUUGCUUAUCUUUUCAUGGUUUGUGUUGCUGGUUACACAGCAGGCCAACGUGCGAAACAUGUCCCUCGUGGGAAGUAUGCGGCAGGAGCCUCCAUCCUGGCUGGAACUUCAGUGACAAUGUUCCUUUUAGUUGUGCUGAAUGUUUUCCCUUUCACUCCACGGUACAUCAUCCCUGUUGCUGGGAUGAUGGUUGGCAAUGCAAUGACGGUCACUGGGGUUACAAUGAAAAGACUCCGAGAUGAUAUCAAGACACAAAUGAGCCUGGUGGAGACAGCAUUGGCUCUUGGGGCUACUCCUCGCGAAGCAACGUUUCAGCAAGUGAAAAGGGCCCUUGUUAUUGCGCUUUCUCCAGUCUUGGACAAUGCCAAAACUGUUGGUCUCAUAUCACUUCCUGGUGCAAUGACUGGACUCAUAAUGGGAGGAGCUUCUCCUCUGGAGGCCAUUCAGUUGCAGAUUGUUGUGAUGAACAUGCUUGUUGGGGCUUCAACUGUUAGCAGUAUCAUGUCCACAUACCUCUGUUGGCCCGUUUUCUUCACCAAAGCUUACCAGUUAGAAACGAAGGUGUUUUCUUCCGAUUGAGGUUUGUCUGAUCUUAACUCCCUAUGUUCAUCGUCAUCAACUGAAUUAACCUAUACAGGCAUCGAGGGCCUAGUGGUUACAGUUUCCAGUGGAUCAAUCGCCCUGCAAAUGAAUAUGCACAUGAAAUUGUAUGAUAUAUUUAGUUACCUUUCUUCCUUUUCCUUUUUCCAAUAGUAAGUUUUGAAACAAUGAGUAUCCUAGCAUUUUUUGCAGGAUUUCAGUUAAAAAUUCAUUUUUCUAUUAAGGAAAUUGCAAUUAUGGUUUAUGCAAAUGUUU